AACGAGGGUUUGUUUGAGUUGAAGCUUCGGAGUUCAUCAAAUGGAGAGGGCAGCUCUUCACAAGCACUUCCAGAGCUUCAAUGGAAUAAUUUCUUAUUCCAAUUCUACCCUCUACCCAUUGAGAAGACGAAGAACAGAACAGCAGAACUCAAAAUGCUUGUCGGGUGCUUCUUCCUUUCUUCUUCCCAAGCUGCCUACUGCCUCCAAACAUCAGCAACGAAUCAAGGUAUAUGCGAGUAGUAGAAGAAGAAGAGCAAAUGAAAGUAGUGAUACGUAUGUGCUUUUGGAGCCUGGAGAAGAUGAGAAAUUCGUCUCCAAACAAGAAUUGGAAGCCAUUUUGAAAGGUUGGCUUCAAAAUUGGCCAGGAGAAGCUCUUCCACCUGAUCUUCAACGCUUUGAUUCCAUUGAGGAAGCUGUUUCUUUCUUGGUUAAGUUUGUUUGUGAACUCGAAAUCGAUGGAGAUAUCGGUUCCAUUCAAUGGUAUCAAGUUCGUCUCGAGUGAUUCUUCGCACUUUAUAACCCUCUUGACAAGAAAAUUUGAUUGGAUUUUUUAAGUAAACGGACAAUGGACUAUGCAUCUCCUAUACAUAUAUUGACAUUUAUUGAAUUCAUAGCUCUUGUUUAUUGGGUUCA